AAAGUGAAGUUUAAGUCAAAAACAUAACGUCUGCUAUUCGUAAUAGAAUUCCUGAUAACAGUCCCAUCACUUCCCUAAAGUAGGUAGUGAGCAGCUAAAUGCUUUGCUAAAUACCGUUACAUGUGUUUACUCUUAUGUAAGGGACAUAAGCUACGGUUACUCUCUGCUUGGUUUACGGCUGUGCUCAAGGCGAUAAAGUUGGCUUCAGGGACUUCCUACGCAAACGUAUUCCCAGUCAGCAGUUCAGCCAAAAUGAAAUACACACAAUUGUAAAAUACUUUUUUAGUUUGGAUUGGAAUUAAAAAAAAAUGCAAACACGCAUUUUAGCUACUGUUUUUGACCACCCGAGACCCAGAAACCCCAGCAGAGAGACAGCCGGCUGAGAAGAGAGGAUGAGAGAGGCCGUGGAACGGGUAAUUUCCUGAAACCAGGGCUGCUUUAUACCCUGAAGAAAUGGCCAUGGCAGGAGGAGGAAGCGAGUUCCGGCUGCAGUCUGUGCCUCUGUGAAUGAGCGGUGUCUGGCGGGCCCGACCAGCAAGGAAUUUCCAGGAUCCAACUUCAUGGAGAUGUUGGCAGCAGAGCCGGUUUCACCGAAUCCUCAGGUUGGGGAUAUCAUAGGAGUUGGAAUGACCGACACUCCUCCAAGGGACGGCCCCUCCCAGGGCGCUGAGUUCGAUAUGAUGGGGGCUCUGGACUGGAAGGACGGUAUUGCCACGCUGCCGGGAAGUGACAUCAGGUUUCGCAUGACAGAGUUCGGGACUCUGGAAAUCGUCACAGACCUAGAGGCCAAAGGACAGAAGGCCGAGCCUGAGACGUUGGACCCAGCACAGUCUCACACUCCUACACCUCCACCAGAGGGACAAUCACAGACUAGCAAAGCCACAGCUCCAGCUCCAGCCAAUCAGAGUCAGCCAGGAUCAUCUCAAAGUAAAGUUCCUGGUCCUGUGCUUCUGUCUUUAGAAGAGGGACCUAGUGUGGAGGGCCCCAGUGUGGAGGUCGGCCCCAGUGUAGAGGUAGGCUCUAACGCAGACGCGGCUCAAAAUGGGGAGCUGUCAAGGUGCCGGGCCUGUGAUGGCCGUGUCCCCCCGGGUGCCCUCUUCCAGGGCAAGUUCUGUAGCUCCGUUUGUGCUCAGCCCUCCAGCGGCAGAUCGUCCCCGGGAGAAGCAAGGGAGAGUCAAGCAGCUGAUGGUGAAAGGCUGGGUAAACGUGUGCGCAAAAAGAGGAAGAUGUAUAUGGAUUCUGGGGAUGAAGAGGAAGACAACCAAGAGGAACCAGAGGAAAAGGCCAAGACAGCCAAAGGGAGGAGAGGAGCCAAAAUUGCCAAACUGGUGACCGGCCCAGCCAAUAAGAAACGGGCGUGGAGCUGGCCUUCUUAUUUAGAGGAGGAAAAGGCCAUCGCUGCUCCUGCUAAACUAUUCAAAGAGCACCAGUCACUUCCUCAAAGCAGGAACAGUUUUAAAGUGGGAAUGAAGCUGGAGGGGCUGGACCCGUCGCACCCCUCCCUGUUCUGUGUUCUAUCUGUUGCAGAGAUACAAGGCUAUAGGGUGAGGCUCCACUUUGAUGGUUACCCAGAAUGCUACGACUUCUGGGCCAACGCAGACUCUUGGGAUAUGAAACCUGCCGGCUGGUGCGAGAAGAAUGGGCACAAGUUAUUGUUACCUAAAGGUUGUAAGGAUGGAGAGUUUAAUUGGAGCAUGUACGUGAAGAACUGUAGGGGUCAGCUGGCCCCAAAACACCUUUUCAAGAGUCUCAACACAUCGGUGACUCCGUCUGGGUUUCGAGCUGGGAUGAAGCUGGAGGCGAUUGAUAGAAAGAACCCGUCUUUGGUCUGUGUCGCAACCAUUGCUGCUGUUGUUGACAACCGGCUGCUCAUUCAUUUUGACAACUGGGAUGAUACAUAUGAUUAUUGGUGUGACGCUAGCAGCCCGUACAUCCAUCCUGUGGGAUACUGUGAAGAUGCUGAGCUUACUCUGACUACUCCAGCUGGUAAGACACAGACCAAGACACACGUGGAAUACAAGCAACCCAAGAGCUUCUCGUGGGAGAAAUACCUGGAGGAAACAGGCACACAGGCGGCUCCUGCUCGUGCUUUUAAACCACGACCUCCACAUGGCUUCCAGAUCGGGAUGAAAGUGGAAGCUGUGGAUAAGAGAAACCCCAUGCUCAUCCGUGUUGCAACAAUAGCGGACACAGAGGACCACCGACUGAAGAUUCAUUUUGAUGGCUGGAGCUCAGAAUAUGACUAUUGGGUGGAGACCGACUACCCGGAUUUGCACCCUGUAGGCUGGUGUCAGAAAACAGGACACCCGCUACAAUACCCUAACGGUUCCAGUGAUUUAGUGACUGCCCCGGGUCAAGGUUGUCCUACCCGAGGAUGCAACGGGGUCGGCCACAUCAGAGGUCCUCGCUACGGGACCCACUACACUCAAGUGAGCUGUCCCUAUUCGGAGACCAAUCUGAACAAGGAGGGCUUGCUGCCAGACCGCCUCAGUGGAGAACGGCCCCUCGCCCUCAGUGGACCUCAUCCACGCGGGCGCCGCCCCGACCCUAGUACCAACACCGCAACACCGACCACCUCAGCGCCAGAGCAGGCGGAAGGAGCUGAAGACUCUCACAGCAGGAAACCGUUGACAGUGGAGGCUGAGCGUUUAGCACGUAACACUCAGCCCGAGCCACCGGGCGGAGCCAGUGAGCAGAGUCACAACGGGACGAGGCCUAAACGGACCGCUCCAGUUCCCAAAUACCUGAAAAUGCACUACGUCAAAGAGGAGAUUGACGAUGGCAAAGCCUCUCCAGACGCCAUCUCCCUCCAGCAGGCCCUCCACGAGUCCGUGUUUUCCCCUGGCCUCUCCGCCUCCCCCCCCCACCGGGUGUCUCUCUGCUGGGACAAACAUUGCCAGCUGCUGCCUGAGGUCCUGGGGCUGACUGCCAAGCGAGUGGCCACUUGGAGCGCAGAGGAGGUGGCCACUUUUGUCAAAGGCCUUCCAGGAUGUAAAGAACACGCUGCUACGUUUAAAACCGAGCAAAUAGACGGCGAGGCCUUCCUGCUGCUCACCCAAGGGGACAUCGUCAAGAUCCUGUCCAUCAAAUUAGGACCCGCCCUGAAGAUCUACAACUCCAUCCUUAUGUUGAAGAAUGCAGACGAAGAGUAAGACUAAAGACGUGACGAGGAAUCACUGCCUCCUCGCCGGCCCCUCAGCUCCGGUUUCAUCAACACUCGGCUGGAGGGCGCUUGAGUUCAAAUUGGCCAGAGCCGGUUUCUUCUGUCGAGCUCCGCACUGGUGCAGCUACACGUCAUCACAGGAGAGCAUCCGUCCCUCUCCCUCCUCCCUCCCCUACAGACAGUGCUGCUUGACCCGAGGGAGAGUUGAACACGAUACCUUAUAUCGCUUUUGUUUACCGAUUCAUUUAAAAAAAGAACAUCAGGCACCUUCAACGCUCAACAUUGUACAGUUUAUUAGAUUGUGUUGCAUUCUGUUGCAUAUCCUUUUUUUAUUUGAGCGGUAAGGGUGCUUGAGUCCAGAGCAGAUUGAAUACGUUUGGUUGUCCUUUGUUUGCAUUAUACUUGUCAGACUUAUACUUUCUUCUUUUUUCUUUUUUCAAAGCUGCAAAAUACAAUCGUGAGUCGGCGAGAGUUUAAAAAAAAUGUGAAACCCAGAGGAACAGAAGCACUAUGUAGUUCAGCCUCUCUCCUCUAGAUGGAGAAAGUGGGGAAACUCCACAAGCGUUUAAUUCAAUUGGAGUGUGUGUGUGUGUGUGUGUGUGUGUGUGUGUGUGUGUGUGUGUGUGUGUGUGUGUGUUGCUUUUCUGGUCAGACGAUAGUUUGACAAGCAGGACUAAGGGCUAAAUGUCAAAUUAAGAAGUCUCUUAAGGGGGAAGGAGACGACUAACUAGCUCUGCUCCUUAUCGGCUUUGGUGUCUCCGGGAACGGCACAUGAAUGUUAAAACAAACAGCGAUUAGUGGUUUUGUUUAUGUCGUUUGGUUUGGUUCUUUGACAUUGUAAAUAGUACACAGCUACACAACUGUCCCUAACAGAGUUUACUCCUGCUUGGUUAUGCAAAGGCUUGACGUCUGUCCACAGGGAAGGGCUCAGUAACUGAAAAAUACGAGCCUCAAUUGAUACAAAGAUUUUGAGAAAAAAACAAGACAAACAUUGUCAGUGUCUUUGUAAAUCAGUGUGUACUUCAGCAAGUUAGAAUGUGUACAUCAGCAAAUGUUUAUAUGCAAACAGCUUUUAUUUAUGUAUUCUAAUUUAAAGGUUAAUGGUACGCUGUUUCGGGAUCUGAGGAGAGCCGCGGCUGUUUGACAGAACGCUUUUGAAUGGGUGAAAAUAAAUGAGAUGUACACGG